AUGCGCCUUAACGACAACCGUUUGACCAGAGCUGUGAGCGAUUGGGUUCCCACGAUAUUAAGCACACUACAGGAAGAACACCGACCACCGAUGCGAAAGGAGGAACCACUGGGCGAAUCUGGCACGCGAUGGGGACAAAUGGAAGAAUUACUGGCGCCCGCUCGACCAGUUCGAAGAUCAACGGGAGUCAAGGAUGUCACACAGUUUUGUGAAGAUGUGCACAAAGAUGUUAGAACAGAUGUCCCUCCCGUCCCGAAGGGAAAUAAGUCGAACUGUUACGCUGUGAUGGAGUGA